UUUGUUACCAAUUGCACGUGACAAAAUACGGAAGUUACUCCUGGGUCCCUGGAUGCUGAGGUGGAACUUUGUGUCACAUUUUGUAAGUCAACGCUUACUAUGUGCAAUGACUCUGGACAUAGUUGACCGGAUCAUUUCUACGUCAAAGGUUUUGGAUCCCAACGAAUAAUGACGGCGAACUGGCCCGAGAGGAUCUCUGCUUUCUCCCGCAGUCCGUCUCGGUUCCUCUCCGGGACAACAGCUGAGGAUUUCCUCGCGGAGCUGCUGCGCGAGCUCCGGGAUGACAGAGCCAGCUUCGGUGUGAAGGUCCUCCUGUUGUCCCCGCUGUGUGAGCACCCGUCUCUGCUGUGUCCCUCGGAAGCCGUGGGAGAGGAGACGGCCCUGGAACUCAUGUCUGUGUUGGACCAGUGUCCCCUCAAGUCGGUCCAGUUCCGCUGUCAGCUCCUCGUGGCCCUCACCACCGUCCUGGUCUGCACCUCCUGCGUCGCCAUCCGCUCCCGUGCAUCGCAGGACUUCCUGGACCUGCUCCUUCAGAUGGUCCAGGACACUGGGGACCUGCGCGGGGACGACGGCCUUCGCUCCCCCCGCGCCACGGCGUGCGACUGCCUGCGCGAGCUGGAAGCCUGCUCUCCGGGCCUCCUCGCCCAGCGCCUCGAGCUCUUGGGCGGGCUCCGUCAGCGAGAAAGCUCCCGGCUCCACCAGGCCUACGCGGCGCUCCACACUCUGGUCCUGAGGAACGCCGUGUAUCGCCUCGCCCGGGACACGGGAGCCGGCGGCGAGCACCUCAAGGCCCUUCUGGGUGGGAACACAUGGGUGGCGUGGGAGGCAGAGCUGGACUCGGGCCCGGCGAAUGACGGAGACUGCUCUGCUGCACUGUCGUCCCUCACCCUGGGACCCAUGGGCACCGUGCCCACCCUGCAGACGGGGCCCGACUGUAAGGAGCUGCGCUCGGUCCUGUCCUCCCUCCUGGAGGAGUCCUACCUCCUCACUCCUCUGUGCCAGGCUGCACUGCUGCAUCGACUGACGGAGGUGGUUGCCAUGGUGCCCGGUGUCCCUCCAGCCGUGUUCAGAGCUCAGCUGCUGAGGCUGCUGGGCACGAGUGAGGUGUGCCUCCUUCACGCCAUGCUGCUGCUCAAGUGCGCGUUCACCGACAGCCUGUUCAGCGCCGAGGACGAGGCCUUCCUCCUCCAGCGGCUGGUGGUGCUCUCCCAGCACCCGCUGCUGAGCGCGGCCGAGAAGCUCUUCUACGUCGACUGCCUGCUGCACUUCCCCGAGAACCGGCCGAUCGGCUGCGGCGCUGACGGCGACGAGGCCCUCCCCGUGCUGCUGACCCCGCGGCUCGCCUCGGCCCUGGCGCCCACCGUGUUCGACGACGGCGCCACGGGGCUGGCCCGCCUCAACCUGCUGUCUCUGGUCUACCUGGAGGAGGUGGAGGGAGAGGAGGGGGAGGAGAGCAGGGGGCUGGCCUACCUCUACGAGCAUGUCGCCUCGCUGCUGCGCGUCGUGGCGAAUGGCGGCGGCCGCGAGCUCGUCGUCACCUUCUUCCGGGCCGCCUUCCUCUUCCUGUUCUACUUUUGCCAUGUGGAGCGCUACUGCCGCAGCCUGACGGAGGAGCUGUGCCAGCUCUACCUGCGCCACGCUCACCUGGCGCCGCACGUCAUCAACUUGGCCGACCGGGUCCAGGAGAAGCUCGCCGGGUCCGACUGGGGGGUGGGAUUCCUGAGGGCCCUUCAGGGGGUCAUCACCGAAACCCCGCCCACUUGUCUCACCACGCGGGACCUGGGUUACCACCUCAAGACACUGGCUCGCGCGGCCGAGGAGGGGGAGAUCACCCAGCACCGCACUGUCUGCUUCCUGUCUGGCGUCAUCGCUGCGCCCCCCCGUUCCCGGCCCGCCGCCGGUGGCGCCUGGCGCCUGGGGAACGGCCUGCUGGCGGUCUGCCGCCGCCUCCUCGUCCACCCCGGCCUGGACUCGCUGUUCAUCCCCCUGGCCGACGUCCUGCAGCAUCUCACCCGUUGCUAUGGCGACACAGACAUCCAGGACCACGCCCGCCUCUACUACACCCUGCUGACCUCGCUGUCCAGGGAGAAGCUGGCCGGGGUCCUGGCCCCCGAGGGGGGGCGGCGGGUCGAGAAGCGAUCGCUGUCCUGCAUCGUAGGCGAGAGCGAGGGUUUGGUGAGCGCGCUAACCAUCCACCGGACGGACACGUCGAUAAUCGGGCUGACGGCGCCCCCCCCCAAGCCCCGGGGAGGGGCGCCGGCUGAUGAGGUGGGUGAGCUGAGGCAGAGUGAGAGCUUCCCCGCGGAGGCUCGCGCCGCUCUGGAAGAAUACCGAGCGCAGUUCGACGCCCCCGGCUUCGCCUCACACGUCGCCAUCGACUACCGGCUGACCCACAUCGACGGCAACCCCCGCUUCGACCAGCUUUUCAGCAUCCGCCUCCACUUCGGCCUCACGGACGACCACUACGAAGAGCUGGCCGACGUCAGCGUCCCGCGGCUGCUCAGGGGGGGGGCGGCGCCCAAGGUCACGCUGCGACUGAAGCCUAGGCGGCCCCACCCCACGACGCUCCACGCCAGCGCCAUCUUUACGGCCGAGGACGGCCUCUCCUGGUUCACCGUCCUGCCGCAGGUCCACGUGGCCUUCCAGCAGGCCUUCGCGCCCCUCCCCGCUCCCCGGGCCUGGGGCCGCGGCGGGGGGGCGGUCCUGUUCGAGGCUCUGUGGGGGGAGAUGAGCGCGGAGGACCAGGCGGACUGUGUGACCAGCCUGUUCUGCUGCCAGAUGGAGGAGGGGCCGCUCAGCGCGCUGGUGGAGGAACACUUCCUCCCCUUUCUCGUAUCAGAGCGGUCCGACAAAGGCGAGUUCAAGGUGCUCCUCUUCCUCCCGCCGCGGGCCCACGUGCUGCUGAGGAUACAACCCGGGGAACCGGCGCAGUUCCACAUAGCCACAGAUGACUGGCGGCUUCUGAGUCACCUAAAUUCUUAUUUACUGACAAUCACGUCCUCGCAGGGCGACGCCCCCCCAUGAUACAGCUCGGUGGCUUGCUUUUUUU